ACGUUCGCGCGUUAAUGCAAGCGGAAGACCUUACUUACCGACUACCACGAGACAACAUCUCGACGGCACAUCCAUCCCGUCCCGGAAUCGUCGGGCGGGCGCCGCGAGUCCGGCGGCGAGCGAGCAAGCGAGCAUCAGCAGCAUCAGCAGCAGCAGCAGCAGCAGCAGUACGCGUACCGACGCUGUCGCGCCGACGGACGCAUGGACGCGCGCGCGUGCUAGAUCGCCUCCGACCUCUAAUUGGAUUCCGUCCGAGGCCUUAUAAAAUCGCGAAGCGGGCGGGAGAAGGAGAAGGAGGCGGACGACGGCGACGACGACAACAACGAAGACGCGAAGUCGCGUGUGCGACGACGGGACGACGUCGACAACGACGACGACGACGGCGGCGGUGGCGGCGGAGACGAUCUCCUUUCCCGUGCGUCCGCGAGAAUUCGCGAGAUCGCCGACCUACGACACGCGUUGCCGCGAAAAGCGACCGUUUCGCAAGUGUUAACGUAUCCGCGUAAAGCCGAGAAACACGGGGGAAGACAGAGAAAAAGAGAACGAAGGAGGAGGAUCGAGAGGAAUGAUGAAUAAGGAACAGGCUCACGAUGCCAAGCAACAGAUCGCCACGAGUCCUGAAGACACGGAGGACAUGCCCGCGGGGCAGCAGGGCCCGCAGGUGCCGCGGCGGCGGGGCGGAAUCUCGGCGGAGCCGGUCUCCGAGGAGGACGCCACCAGCUAUGUCAAGAAGGUCGUACCUAAGGAUUAUAAAACCAUGGCUGCCCUGAGUAAGGCCAUCGCCAAGAACGUGCUGUUCGCGCACUUAGACGAGAACGAGCGCUCCGACAUAUUUGAUGCGAUGUUCCCCGUGACCUUUUUGCCCGGCGAGGCGAUCAUUCGUCAAGGCGACGAGGGUGACAAUUUCUACGUAAUCGAUCAAGGAGAAGUCGAGAUAUUUGUCAACGGCGAGCUGGCAACGACGAUCGGCGAGGGUGGAAGCUUCGGCGAGCUCGCGUUAAUCUACGGAACGCCGCGCGCCGCCACGGUCAGAGCGAAGACCGAUGUAAAACUUUGGGGCAUCGACAGGGACUCCUACCGCAGAAUCCUCAUGGGCUCCACUAUAAGAAAAAGGAAAAUGUACGAGGAGUUCUUGUCCAGAGUCUCCAUUUUGGAAUCCUUGGAUAAAUGGGAAAGACUCACAGUAGCAGACGCUCUGGAACCGGUGGCGUUUGACGACGGGGAAACGAUAGUCCGACAGGGCGAACCGGGUGAAGAUUUUUAUAUAAUCGUCGAGGGAACGGCGGUGGUUCUUCAGCAACGCUCGGAAGGCGACGAACCCGCGGAGGUCGGCCGUUUAGGACCAUCCGAUUACUUCGGGGAAAUUGCGUUGCUGCUGGACAGGCCCCGAGCGGCAACUGUAGUGGCCAGGGGUCCGUUGAAGUGUGUGAAACUGGAUCGGGCACGAUUCGAGCGGGUCUUAGGUCCGUGCGCCGACAUUCUGAAACGCAACAUCACCCAAUAUAACAGCUUUGUAUCCCUCUCCGUAUAAACGGACACUGUUUCCUCCACAUCCUCCCCCCUCUUCCUUCUCUGAUCCCAACAGCGCUGCCGAUCAUCCUAGGCUUCAUUUCCACCGAGGACUACGUUAUUUCGCCGUACCAUAGUUAAAUCUUUUUUUAUUUGAUUAUUAUUUAAGUGAAUUAAUGUACUACGUCAGCUAUCAAUCAUCUCAGAUGUGUACACGUAUACACACAUACACACAGACGGUAUCGUUAGAGAGACGCUGUUAAUAUAUUUACCGUAAGGCUAUUUACGCACUGUGUAGCUCGCGACUCGAUGCCAACGCGCACGCGAAUUCAUAUUGACGUUGAUCUCUUCCGCGCGAUCUGUUCCUACUCGUGUGAUUUUCAUGUACACGAGAAAUUAUUAAUCCGUUAACGCCCGUACUUUUUCGAAGGGUUGAGAAUCUAAUUAAAAAAAAAAA